AUGUCUUUGGCUGCCCUUAGAGCCGUCGGCGCACGUGCCGCCCUCUCCAGAUCGUAUCUCGCUGCAUCGCACAUCUCCGCCGCCGCCAGAUUCUACUCGUCCAAGUUCCCAUCGCACACCGUCAUCAAAAUGCCUGCAUUGUCCCCCACCAUGACCCAGGGUAACAUUGCUUCGUGGGCCAAGUCUGUUGGUGAUGAGUUGGCUCCUGGUGAGGCCAUUGCCGAGAUCGAGACCGACAAGGCUGCCAUGGACUUCGAGUUCCAGGAGGAGGGCUACUUGGCCAAGAUUUUGGUGGACGCCGGUGCCCAGGACAUCCCUGUGGGCCAGCCCAUUGCUGUGUACGUCGAGGACUCCGGCGACGUGGCUGCUUUCGAGGGUUUCUCUGCUGCCGAUGCCGGCGAGGCUCCUGCUGCUGCUCCUAAGGCUGAGGAGAAGUCUGAGGCCAAGGCUGACGAGAAUAAGGCCGAGGCCAAGUCUGAGUCCAAGUCCGAGUCCAAGCCUUCGUCUGCUUCCUCCGGCUCUGCUCCUGCUGGCCGUAUUUUCGCCACUCCUUUGGCCAAGACCAUCGCCUUGGAGAAGGGUAUUUCUCUCAAGAACAUCAAGGGUUCUGGCCCCAAGGGUAGAAUUGUCGCCAAGGACGUCGAGAACUUCAAGGCUCCUGAGGCUGCUGCCCCUGCUGCCGCUGCCGCUGCUCCUGCCGCUGCCACCUUCGAGGACAUCCCUAUCACUGGUAUGAGAAAGACCAUUGCUACCAGAUUGUUGCAAUCCACCCAACAGGCUCCAGCCUACAUUGUGCAAUCGCACAUCAACGUCUCCAAGUUGUUGAAGUUGCGUCAAUCUCUCAAUGCCACCGCAGAGGACAGAUACAAGUUGUCCGUCAACGACUUGUUGGUCAAGGCCAUCGCCUUGGCCUCUCUCAGAGUCCCAGAGGCCAACUCUGCUUGGUUGGGUGACCAAGGUGUCAUCAGACAAUACAGCGUUGUCGACGUUUCCGUCGCCGUCGCCACCCCAACUGGUUUGAUCACCCCUAUCGUCAAGAACGCCCACAGCAAGGGUUUGAUUGCCAUCUCCACCGAGAUCAAGGACUUGGGUAAGAGAGCCAAGGCCGGUAAGUUGGCUCCUGAGGAGUACCAGGGUGGUACCAUCUGUAUCUCCAACUUGGGUAUGAACCCAGCCGUCAACGCUUUCACUUCCAUCAUCAACCCUCCACAAUCCGCCAUUGUUGCCAUCGGUACUGUUGAGAAGAAGGCCAUUCCAUCGUCCGUCAACGAGCAGGGCUUCGUUUUCGAGGACUUCAUCACCGUCACCGGUACCUUUGACCACAGAACCAUCGACGGUGCCAAGGGUGGUGAGUGGAUCCGUGAGUUGAAGAAGGUUGUUGAGAACCCAUUGGAGUUCUUGCUUUAA